GUUACUGGCUGGUGGGCUGGUACUGUACAGAUGGGUGCUGGAGGCGGUUGCCGUGGCGACCAUACUUUGGAUAAAUAUCCCUCUGUGUAAUGGCUGAUGAUCCAGAAUAAACAAACAUGAUUCGAAUUGCAGCUUUAAAUGCAACCUCUACUGUGGGGGGCGAGCAUGAAGAAACUUUCAGAAGCAACAAAACACAGACAAAGGAGGCUCAGGAAGCAGAAGCAUUUGCACUUUAUCAUAAGGCCUUGGACCUUCAGAAGCUUGAUCGCAAUGAUGAAUCCUCCCAGGCCUAUCAUCAGCUUCUUGAUACACAACUUUUGCAGGAGGCUAUUCCUUCAAAUGAUGAAAGAGAAGGAUUAAAGCAUCCAGGCCUUAUGCUAAAGUAUUCCACCUAUAAGAACUUAGCACAGCUAGCAUCCCAACGAGAUGAUCUGGAAACUGCCAUGGAAUACUAUUUAGAGGCUGUCAUGCUGGAUUCCACAGAUGUUAACCUGUGGUACAAGAUUGGCCGCCUUGCCUUGCGUCUUGUGCGCAUCCCUCUGGCACGCCAUGCAUUUGAAGAAGGACUUAACUGUAACCCUGACCACUGGCCUUGCUUGGAUAACCUAGUUACUGUACUGUAUACGCUCUAUGAUUACGCUACCUGUUUGUACUAUAUCUGCAAAGCUUUAGAAAAGGACUGUCGCUACAGCAAAGGUUUAGUAUUAAAGGAGAAGAUCUUUGAGGAGCAGCCAUGCCUCAGGAAGGACUCUUUACAUAUGUUUCUCAAAUGUGAUAUGUCUAUUCAUGAGGUAGAUGUGAGUGAUGAUGAAUCCAGUAGUAUUGUCAAUGAAGCAUUGGAUCUACGCAAGAAAAGGCAGGCGCUGAAUGUCCGAAAGGAGGAACCUAAUUUAAAGCUAAUACAGCCUCUCCAAUUCUUAACGUGGAAGUGUCUUGGUGAAAGCCUUCUAGCCAUGUACAUUCACCAGACGACAUGUGAACCCCCUCGACCCAGCUUGGGGAAGAGGAUUGACCUAACGGAUUAUAAAGACCCAACAGAUCUUUUCCAAAUGCUCCCAGAAAGCUCUCCUACCAUCAUCACCACAGACACUCCAAUGAUGUCUGCUCCCACAACACCUGUUGUGUUAAUGACUGAUCAACCUCCCACAUUUCCUACUGUGACCCCCAACAUGUCAUCUCUCAAUGUCCUUGAUGCCACUGCUAUGCUUGAUGUAUCUGCUGGCGACAAGUGCAAGAAAGGGGUAAAAAGGAAAAGAAUAGUUGAGGAUGCAGGGGAGACGGCCAAAAGGCGCUCAGCUCGUGUACGAAACACCAAAUGUAAGAAAGAGGAAAGGAUUGAUUUCCAGGAAUUGCUGCUGAAGUUCUUGCCAUCCAGACUCCGCAAACCAGACUCUGAGGAAGAGGAAGACCCGUUUGCCUGCUUUGAUGUGGAAUCUGAGAUGAAGCAGGAUCGUUUGUCACAUGGAGAUAAUGCAUCUUUUAAUUCUGCCACUUUUAUGGAGUCAGAGAAGCAGGAUGUGCACCAGUUUCUGUUGGAUAAUAUGGAAAAUGGGGGCAUCCUGGACCUCAUGAUGAAAUAUCUCAAAGUCAUUGCGCAGAAGUUCCUGGUGAAGUGGCCCCUUGGUUUGACAGAUGUUGUGCUCAAUAUACAUACCAACUGGCGGAAACACAGUAGUGGACUGCCCAACCCUCUAUUGAGAGACUCUAGAAACCAACACAUUCGGGACAUGAUGGUAAUGAGUUUAACGUGCAUGGAGCUUCAGCUUGACAAGUGGCUUUUGACCAAAGUGAAAACGUCUACAGUAUCUCCCCGCAAGUGCCCAGCUGGAUAUACUUUGGAGUGCUUUGGAGCUGACUUUCCUGGAACCCACUUUUUGGAAGACCUUAUGCUAAUGGCCUUUGCAGCUUCUCAAAGGGACCUUUUCCCAGAAGGCUGGCUGAAUUAUGUGGUGCGAGUGUACUGGCUGAAGGCUCGCUUUCUAGCUUUGCAAGGAGACAUGGAGCAGGCCCAGGAGAAUUAUGACAUCUGUACUGAACUUUUUCAAAGUUCAGAGGCUUCCAAAAACAAAAUGGACGGCGAAGAGGACGGGGUUAUCUGCAUGCCCAACCUGCAGCUGGAUUCCGCAGUAUCUAUAAAGGAGAUUGAAAAUAGCUUGAAAUCCUUGGAAAGAUGUCAGUCAGUGGAGGAAAUUCAGAGGCUCCAUGACAUAGGAGACUUCUCGUCAGUGGUCCGUCUGCUACGUCCCACAUUAUUCGUGAGUGGAUAUAACCAAGCUAAACACCUCGAUCUUGUGACUUCUACCCCUGAGAGACCAGCGCAACUGCUUCUCCUGCAAGACUCCUUUCUGAAGAUGUCAGACUUUAAACAGGGCUUUGAGUGUUCAGAGGUUGCCCUAAAUGAAGCCAUCCAGCAAAUAAUGAACAUAACACCAGCUACAGAUAAGGAGGAAUGGGUAGCCACAGCAACACAGUUACUUGUAGGAAUUGAUCAUUGCCUGUCAUCUGAUAGCAAAGUGCUGCGUGAACCGUCACUGACACCGCACCUGAUACGUCUAAGCAACAACCUUAUACAGUUAAUAGAUUGCAGUAUGGCCAUUCAGGAAGAGUCUAAGGAACCCUCUGUAUCAUCUGUCCUGCCCUGGAUAAUCCUACAUAGAGUCAUCCAGUCCGAAGAGGAAACCUUCCGUACCCUGCGCCAAAAGCACUUUCGCUCUGAUGGCAAGGAAGAUCCAGAAAAUCAGAUGCUGCCAUCCUCACUUAUGCUUCUCAAUGCUGCCCACGAGUACCUGGGCCGGAGAUCUUGGUGCUGUAACUCAGAUGGAGCCCUUCUAAAGUUUUAUGUGCGUGUUCUUCAGAAAGAGUUGAUUGCUUCAACUAAGGAUGAUACACAUCCUUACAAGGAGGAGUUGGAGACUGCCCUGGAGCAGUGUUUCUAUUGCCUUUAUGGAUACCCCAGCAAGAAGAGUAAAGCUCGCUAUUUAGAGGAGCAUUCUGCACAGCAGGUGGAGUUGGUCUGGGAAGAUGCUCUCAUUAUGUUUGAAUAUUUCAAGCCCAAAACACUUCCAGAAUUUGACAGCUACAAAACAAGUACUGUGUCUGCAGAUCUAGCAAACCUACUGAAAAAGAUGGCAACCAUUGUGCCAGCAUCAGACAAGCCUAAAUUGAGCAUGGACACUGUAUCUGCAUACAUUGAAGGGACAAGCACCAAGGUGCCAUCACUCCCAGAAGGUGCCGAGAAGUCUCCUGAAGUUUUAAGUGAGCUAUAUUAUCUGCUUGCUGACUAUCACUUUAAGAACAAGGAACAGUCUAAGGCAAUUAAGUUCUACAUGCAUGACAUUUGCAUUUGUCCAGACAGGUUUGACUCUUGGGCUGGAAUGGCCCUGGCACGAGCAAGCCGCAUUCAGGACAAACUCAACUGCAAUGAACUAAGAAAUGAUGGCCCUAUCUGGAAGCAUUCCACCCCUGUACUAAACAGCUUCAAACGGGCACUAGAGAUUGACAGCUCCAACCUGUCCCUGUGGAUUGAAUAUGGUACCAUGUCCUACACUCUGCACUCUUUUGCCUCCCGCCAACUCAAGCAGUGGCAGAAAGAGCCGCCUCCAGAGGUAGUGACACAGUUAAAGGAACGACGGGAUAGUAUGGUAGAGACUGCAAAACAUUGUUUCACAUCUGCAUCUCGCUGUGAAGGAGAUGGGGAUGAAGAGGAGUGGCUGAUUCAUUAUAUGUUGGGGAAAAUUGCAGAGAAGCAAAAACAGGCCCCUGAGCUGUACCUUCAGCACUACAAACAAUCUAGUCACUACCUACACGAAGAAGCUGCACGUUAUCCUAAGAAAAUCCACUAUCACAAUCCUCCAGGACUGGCCAUGGAGGCACUGGAGGUAUAUUUUCGGCUUCACUCUUCUGUCCUGAAGCUCUUGAAAAAACCUGAAGAAGGAUUAGAUGCAAAAAUGCUUUUCAAUAUCAUGAAAGAGAUCUCAGAAGGACCAUUUGCUAGAGGAGAGGAGAAAAACUCCACCAAAGUCACAGAAAAAGAGAAGCCUAGCACAAUGGAUGAGGACUCUCACUCAUCGGCUGGGACAAUGCCAGGCCCUGGGAAUUCCAUUCCUUCCUCUUCCGGUCCAGGUCUGACAUCUCCACCUUACACAGCCACACCGAUUGACCACGAUUACAUCAAAUGUAAACCCCCCCGUCAUCAGGCCACGCCGGACGAACGCAGCCAAGACAGCAUGGCAGUUGUCCUUUCAGAUUCAAGUUCCACACAGGACACAUUCAAUGAACCAGCCAGUUCUCAGGACAGCAUCAAGAGAAUGUACUUGGAGAAGAGAUCAUCAAGCGGCACCCACAAUGUCUCACAUUACAAAGAUGCCCAAAUACUAACAGAUGACAGAGUGAAAGCAGGUGAACACUCAGAACAUACAGGAAACUCCAGUCCUACUGAGAUGAGAAGCACUACUGAAACACAGACCCCUCCAACCUCUACAACACCAAUAAGAGCUGUACCACCAUCUGCACAACUCGGAGAUCUUCGUAAAAAGACAGAAUUAAUGGGAGAGGUGUCAGAGUGCCCACUAAGCUUACCUGAAGACAAAGAAGAGCAGCAUAAAGUCUUGAUUGAGCAAUGCACAAAUUCGUUCAGACUAUGUCUAAGCCGCUUUCCUCAGCACUACAAGAGCUUGUACAGGUUGGCUUACCUGUAUACUCACAGCCACACUCACCAGAACCUGCAGUGGGCACGAGAUGUGUUGCUAGGCAGCAGUAUCCCGUGGCAGCAGCUGAAGCACAUGCCAGCACAGGGACUCUUCUAUGAGAGGAACAAGACCAAUUUCUUCAAUGGAAUCUGGCGUAUACCUGUGGAUGAUAUAGAUCGCCCUGGCAGCUUUGCUUCUCAUAUGAACCGCUCUGUAGUGCUUCUUCUGAAUGUUCUGGCUCAGCUCAAGGACUCCAACACACUGUUGAAAAUUUCGUGUAUGCUGCAAAGGACCCCUGACCAGGGGAAGAAAUAUUUACGGGAUGUCGAUCGUCAAGUCUUGGCACAGAGAGCUUUCAUUCUCACCGUGAAAGUGUUGGAGGACACUCUGAGUGACCUGUCUGGGGAGCCAUAUAAUUCAGACCCCAGUCAGACGGCUCCCAUGACAACGGACGUGUCUGGCCGGCCCGCUUCAGAGGACCGGAAAGAUGUACCACCAAGGAAAAGCUCUGUGUUGUGUGAAGGGGUGGCCUCAAGGCCUGAAAAUGGGGCAAAGGACAUGGUGCAUAGCUCUGGCUCUCAAGCUAUGGAUACUGGGGAUCCUAGGAUUUUAAAAGAGAUGACCAGGCCUCAAACUGCUGAACCAAUGGACCAUGGUGGGCAAUCCUGUGAUCCUGAUAGACAAGGAGACCAAUGCAGAAAAGAGACAAUUAAAGUGAUAAAGGACAAGGGUCCUGAGGGUCCAGAGCUGUCUCUGGAGGAACUGAGCAUUAGCUCUAAGCAUCAUCAGCCUGCUAGCAGUAGGGCCUCAGUACAGCCCCAGCAUCCAAACACUGAGGAUCCUCCGCCAAGAGUCAAUCGAAAACGAAAGUUGCCAGACACCGAGAGCAGUAAAACCCUACUUCUUGAAGCUUACCGUGUCUGGCAGCAAGGACAAAAAGUUACGACAUAUGACUUGAGCAAGAUUGAGAAAAUCAUGUGUAAAACAUACAUGUUGAUCAAACAGGUGGAUGAAGGCACUGCUCUAGAGCAAGCAAUUAAAUUCUGCCAAGUUCAAAUGGGAGCUGCUGCUCAAAAACAGAUCUGCUGUGUUACCAUCACACAACCCUCUGAUACACCCAGCACCCCAAAAAGCAUCAAGGACCCCCGUGACAUUGCUUUCCCCUUGCCUGCAGUAUCUGUGCAACUGACACCUCUGGAUCUUUCAUCAGUCAGCCCAGAGAACCUGCUUCGACUUUCCGAACACCAAGGAAAAGUAAGGCCAACCCCAGCAAACACAGCCUCUCCGCCUGAAGCUGUCCGUGGGCAAGGGUCCAAAGCCUGUUCUGCCAUGUCACAAGUUAUCCACGAGGAUGUACAGCUGGAAGAAAUACCUAUGACACAUCAAGAUUCACAUCUCUGCCAGCCAGCUAAAGUUCCAGUUGUUAACACGCCAGAUUCUUCUCGCUGGCAGCCAGAAACAUUGACUAACACCGGUCAAUUGACCUCUUCUAGUCGAACAGAAACUGCCUGCAGCUCCUCCAGACAUCCUCCUGAUUCAAGUGUUCAAUCCAGUAAAGGCGACAUUGCUCGUAACAAGGCCCGUGUUCCACCCCAUGUGCCAAAGCUCUUCAUUCCCUCCUCCAGUGUCUCCAAAUUUCCUCCAGAGAUUACAGUUACUCCCCCAACUCCAACCCUUCUCUCUCCCAAAGGCAGUAUCUCUGAGGAAACCAAACAGAAACUCAAGUCUGUCAUCCUGUCUUCUCAGUCUGCUGCCAAUGUGAAAAAAGAGACUCUGUGCCAGCCAGCCCUUGAGAUCUUGGACACCUCUAGCCAAGAGUCGUCGCUAGAGAGUGACACAGAUGAAGAUGAUGACUAUAUGGACAUUUGAGAACUUCACAAUCUGCUCAUCUGCCAUCAGAGGAAGUCACACUCUGAGCUAAUGCCAACCCGUUCAGACUGUGCUUGCAUGUUGCAGCUCAAGGCAUGUGGAUUGCUUUGUGUCUACCAAUUGCUAGCCAAAAACUGUUCCCACCUUGUACCAAGAUUUGAGUCUGCGGAUGUGCCAUAUUCAGGGAUUUGUCUUUUUGGGGGCACUGUAAGGGUGCAGGGUGGAGAGAUUGGGUGCUCUGAUAUUGCUCUGCCUAAUUCCUCUGAAAGUAUUUCAUUGUUUCAGUCCCAGAAGAUCAUUUGAUGAUUAUACAAGACAUGAGAAAAGCCAGGAAAAGGUUGUAUAUUUAUAUCAUUUCAAACUCACCGCCUUUCUUGCUUAUGUCUGUUGUUUAAAGGUCUUGAUGAUUUAACUGACCUUUUUGACACUGUCUAGGUGUAAUUAUUGUCCAAGAUCUGAUUCAAAGAUGGUAAACACAGACUCCUUUUGAGUUCAUUUUUUUAUACAGAAUGUGAAGUUUGUAAAAUAAAGAAAGAGACAUGUAAAUGAUAUAUCAUACUAAAAAAGAGAGAGAGAGAAUCACAGCGGGUGAUACAUAAAGCUCACAAUUUUUCUAAUAAAAUUGCUAUAAUAAUUCAA